UCCUUAAUACAUCACAUGAUCCACCCCAGGCCCGGUAUUUCAUAAAAUAGAGUGGGGCGCCGUGGAGCAAACGCUGUUGCUGCUGGUGGAUGGGGCUGGGGAGUUAAAAGUCAAGCCCUGACCGUGGGCCUGUGCAAGCUCAGCAUGGGUCAUUUCUCUCGGGUCCUGGGAUUUCUGCUGCUGGCUGCAGGACUGCCCCUCGAGGAGGCCAAACGAUAUCGUGAUGUGCUGGGCCAUGAGCGGUCUCCUGGUCACAUGAGGGAGCACAACCAAUUACAUGGCUGGUCUUCUGAUGAGAAUGAAUGGAAUGAAAACCUGUAUCCAGUGUGGAAGAGGGGAGAUUCAAGGUGGAAGACCUCCUGGAAAGGAGGCCGUGUGCAGGCCAUCCUGACUAGUGACUCACCAGCUCUGGUGGACUCCAAUAUCACAUUUGUGGUGAACCUAGUGUUCCCAAGAUGCCAGAAGGAAGAUGCCAAUGGUGACAUCGUCUAUGAGAAGAACUGCAGAAAUGAUGCGGGAUUGUCUCCUGACCUGUAUGUUUACAACUGGACAGCCUGGGCAGAGGAUGGCGAUUGGGGAAACAGCACCAGCCAGAGCCAGCACCUCAUGUUCCCCGAUGGGAAGCCCUUCCCUCACCCCCACAGAUGGAAGAAAUGGAAUUUUGUCUACGUCUUUCACACACUUGGUCAGUAUUUCCAAAAACUGGGACGGUGUUCAGCAAGAGUUUCUAUAAACACAGCCAACUUGACACUUGGCCUUGAAGUCAUGGAAGUCACUGUUUAUCGAAGACAUGGCCGAGCAUAUGUUCCCAUUGCACAGGUGAAAGACUUGUAUGAGAUAACAGAUCAGAUUCCCGUAUUUGUGACCAUGUCCCAGAAGAAUGACCGAAACUCAUCAGAUGAAACCUUCCUCAGAGGGCUCCCCAUUGUGUUCGAUGUCCUGAUUCAUGAUCCUAGCCACUUCCUCAACCAGUCUGCUAUUUCCUACAAGUGGGACUUCGGGGAUAACACUGGCCUGUUUGUCUCCAAUAAUCACACUUUGAAUCACACGUAUGUGCUCAAUGGAACCUUCAACUUUAACCUCACAGUCCAAGCCACAGUGCCUGGGAUCUGUCCUUCACCUGCACCCACAGCUCCAACACCCAGCCCUUCUUUCACUACUCCAGUGCCUACUAGCAACAGCUCCAUGGAACUGAGCGACAUUGCUGAUGAAAACUGCCAGAUAAACAGAUUUGGUUACUUCAGAGCCUCCAUCAUAAUUGUAGAGGGAAUCCUAGAGAUUAACAUCAUCCAGAUAGCAGAUGUCCUGAUGCCUGAACCACAGCCUGACAACUCCCUGAUGGACUUCAUUGUGACCUGUGAAGGAGGCACCCCCAUGGAGGUCUGCACCAGCAUUUCUGAUCCCACCUGCCAGAUCACCCAGAGCAGGGCCUGCAGCCCCGUGGCUGUGGAUGAGCGGUGCCUGCUGUCAGUGAGAAGAGCCUUCAACGGGUCUGGCACAUACUGUGUGAACGUCACUCUGGGUAAUGAUGCAAGCAUGGCCCUCACCAGCACUCUGAUCUCCAUCCCUGGUAAAGACUCAGCCUUCCCUCUGAGAACAGUAAGUGGUGCCCUGAUCUUCGUCGGCUGCUUGGCUGCAUUCAUCACUGUGAUUACUGCCUUUCUGUACAAAAAACACAAGGAAUACAAGCCUAUAGGAAACUGCGCUGGGAACAUGGUCAAAGGCAAAGGCCUGAGUGUUUUCCUCAACCGUGCAAAAGCCUCGUUCUUCCCAAGCAACCAGGAGAAAGAUCCACUGCUCAAGGACCAACCAGGAGUGUUUUAAGUCUUCAGCCUCACUUGUGACCAACAGCCCACUCUCUAAUGCCAUUUAUGUGAGCUAUGCAGGAAUAGAUGGCUAAUAACUCUUUUCCUAAAGAUUAUUGUAAAAUAUGUAUCAUGAUUUAGGGAGGUUAGUUGAAUGGCAUUUCCUUCUGUGUUAUGACUUGUAUACGAACAUAGGUGAUUGAUAGAAUGGAUGGACUAUGUCUGAAGAGUAUGAGAGAAAUCACUGUUCCUUAAGAUCUGACCUAGGUUAACCAGAAAGAGAGAGAGAGAGACAGAGAGAGAGACAGAGAGAGAGAGAUACUUCAUACCUUUCCAUAUAACCAUCCACAUGAAACCAAAGUAGUCCUAGCCUGAAGAUCAAGCUAACUGUAUCCUAUUUCAUUGAACAUGCAUGAGAUCCUGACAAAACAGUUAUAGGUUCAAGCUUUUUGUAUGAUGUAUGUGUACUUGUAAUACUCAUAAAGGACUAAGCAGGUGUGAUAACCAUCCAUUCAUUUAUCUCAUGAACAUGUAUUUAGUGCUUUCUGUAUACCAACCAUGAUGCUGGGGCAUGGCCCUGCAUUUAGAGUUGGUGUUCUUUUGUAUAUAUCUGCAUUACUGUAUAAGCUGCUAUACAUAUUUAGAAUCACAUAUUAUGAUUUUCUAAAGGACUACUUGUUUUCCUGUAAGUUUCUCUGUUAAAAUCAUACAGAAAAUAAUUGGUGAGGAUUUUACCUCCAUUUGCAACAAAUUCAUGUGCGGUAUGUUAGACAUGAUAUUCUUUUUC